AAGCAACCUGUGUGGAUACUUGUUCGCGGCACUCGUGUUUUGCCAAGGAAUAGUUUCCAGGGUUUUGCCGGCACAUGUCCUUGAGACGGCUGGUCGGCUGGGAAGCGGCGCGUGGACCACGUGGACCCAACGGAAGCAAAAUGUCAGGCGUGUGAAACGCAUUCUGUGCGCCAGCUUGGGCAUGCCACAUGCUUCCAUUCGCGGGACUCAUGUGACAUUGACGCAAUUUUUCUAAAUAUAAACAUUGGUUUGCAGCAUUCGUUUUGCUAGGGCAUGCCAGCGCGCAGUGUCCUGGCGUCGUGGCAAGACGCCCGUGCGUACAAUUCAAGGCACCUCCAAAAUCAUCCUGAUGGAGGUUGGGUGCAUCAAUGACAAAGGUUCAGCGGCUUGAACUUUUGUGGUUUCUGCCUGGACGAGGGUUUGUUUGGGAAUCCGAUUUUGCAAAGUGCCGUGCUGAGAUUAGCGUGGUUGUGUUCCUGGCCUGCUCUCAUAGGCGCUCAUAGGUCAUGGGCGCUUCGGCGCAACGAAGCUCUUCAUCGGCAAGGUUGGUAUUCUAGAUAGGUGUUUUUUCCCCCACGGUGAUCAAGUUAAAGGAUGCCGAGGAUGCAACCAUAUGCAACCUGAGUUAUUGGCCGGCCUUUUUUCCUAUUUUUUUCUAAUUGAUUGAUUGCGAACACAAUUGUUGUUCCAUGCUCCGUUCGGCACGUUCAUAGCAGCAGGGCGAACACAGAUGAGGGCCUUGUAUUGCAACCAAUUUGUUUUUUUUCAUGAUGCACUCCUUGACGUGUGUGUUCGUGUAGUUGUUGCACCGAGGGCUCAAGUGAGUGCAGUAACCCCACUCGCAGUUGGAUCGCAUGUAUGCUGAUGAUGGCGAUGUUCCAUACAGUGAACGCGAGGAUUGGAAGGAUGUGACCCCAGUGCCACAAAAUGAUGGGCCACAUCCCUUGGCGGUUAUCCGCUACCCACCUGGCUUUGAGGAGGUGCAUGGUUACUUCCGCGCGAUCCAACAGAAGAAUGAAACCAGCAAGAGGGCCUUGCAACUCACAGCUGAUGUGAUCCAGCACAACUCUGCGAAUUAUACAGCAUGGUAUUAUCGCCGACGGUGCUUGAAGGAUCUUGCCAUUGAACUCGAUGACGAACGCAUUUUCACAGACAAGUGGGCCAGAGACUGCCCCAAAAACUACCAGGUGUGGUAUCACAGAAGAUGGUUGAUUUCAGAGAUCUCAGCGCGCAAGCGAGCAGAACUCAGCCCAGAAGAGGCGGAGAAGGCGAUCCAGUCAAUGGCAAGAGAAGAGCUACAAUACCACUUAGAUUGCAUGCAGGUAAACAAUGACUACAAAAACUACAAUGGGUGGUCUCAUCGUCAAUUUAUCUUGCAGCAGUUCAAGCUGUGGCAUGAAGAACUUCCUUUUGUGGAGCAGCUUUUGAGAGAGGACAUUCGCAACAAUUCAGCAUGGAACCACAGGUUCACCGUGGUCCGCAAUCAAACUUGGCCACUGACCGAUACAGUGCGGACGCGGGAGAUCAACUUUGCAUUGGAAUCCAUCCGAAAAUGUGCGAACAAUGAGUGCGCGUGGAACUAUUUGUCCGCCUUCCUUGGCGAGGGUGAUGGAAAGGUGUCGUGGACCUCAGUUCCAGAAGUGGAAACACUUUGCCGUGAGGUUCUGGAUGUUGCUGAGCAGCAGCACACCUCGUGCCGCUUUGCGUCACAAGCUCUCGCCGACAUUUUAGAGGCCAAAGGCGAUGUCACAGCAGCAGUGGCCCAGUACGAGCAUUUGCAGGAGAUUGACCGUAUCCGAGAGAAAUAUUGGCGGUGGAAGGCAGAACUUCUAAGACAUAAGGCAGGCUGAACCCCGCCAAUAGCACAGAUAAGCUCGCGGAAAAAAGGCGACCUGUUAAAUUCAAUGUUAUUCCUUCAAGCAGCAGCAGCUCUUGCUCACUGAGCCACAUAGCAAGCAAUGGACAGAUUGCACAACUGAUUUCAGGCUUCAGUCUGUUCACUUUUUUGUCGAACACAG